AGGAAAGGACACAGGAUGACAAGUUGCAGAGUUGGAGUCGCCGCCGUCUCGAUAAGGACAGAGUCGCGGACGCAGCCGAGCGUUAAGAGGAGAGGGAGAAGAGUCGCGGAAGACCCUCGGAGUCGGAGGUGUUGAUCCAACUGACACUUUAUUAUCUCACGACAAAGUCGGAGAAGAGGAUUCCCGCGGCGGCUGGGAUUAGACGGCCCCCACAUUCCCUCACCUGAAGUGUCCCUUACCUUUCCCCCGACUAACGUCUGCCGGGAGAUUGAAGGAAAAGCACUUGACGGACUUGAGGAGCUUUGCCCGAGGCGAGACAGAGCUCAUACAUAAAGCCGGGUGAAGGACAUUAACACGAGUGGAAACUGUGGCUGCAUCCACCAUGGAGGUCUGUGGCACUUCCAGGAAACUUACUUUGCUCUCCUUCACCUUCCUGUGGGGGCUCUCAGGAAUAUGGGCCCAAAUCCAGAUGCCUCAAACCAGUAUGGAUGUGAUCAAGGGUAAUAUGGCUGUCCUGAGGGCCACGUACAGCACAGAUCCAAACAUUGACCUGAGCACCAACACCAUCCUCUGGAACUUUGUCUCCAACCAAACCCAGCUGAUCAUCUCCUACACCAAAGACUUCAUGAGCGUGGGCAGCCCCCAGUUCAAGGGCCGCGUUGGUUUCACCAGCAGCAUGCCCUCGCGCGAUGUGUCGCUGUACAUCAACAACACCCAGGAGUCCGACUCAGGACGCUACCUCUGCCAGAUCAUCAUCCCUGGUGUUCCGGGCCUCACUGCUGAGCUCAGCCUGGACGUGAAGGUCCCUCCUGCUGUUCCUAAGUGCUCUAUGUCGGGGAAGCCGGUGCUGAAGGGAAAUGUGACUCUGACAUGCACAUCCAGCACUGGGAAGCCCAUUCCUCUGUACAGGUGGAAGAAAACCAGUCCCACCAAUGAGGUCUUCUUCUCACCCAUGCUCAACGAGAAGACCGGCACUCUGAACCUGAACAACCUGAGCCGUAACAUGUCAGGGAAGUACGAGUGCACAGCCAGCAACUCGGCCGGAGCGGAGACCUGCCUCAUCAACCUGGAGAUCGUCACAUCCACCAAUGUGGGGAUGAUUGCCGGCGCCACAGUGGGCUCAGUGGUGGGCUUCAUCUUCCUCCUCCUCCUCUGCCUCUUUUUCCUGGUGAAGAGGCGGCGAGACAAUGAGGACGACAUGGCCAACGAAAUCAAGGAGGACGCUCAGGCUCCCAAACGUGUGUCCUGGGCUAAGAGCGGCAUGGGUUCAGAUAUCAUUUCCAAGAACGGCACCCUGUCCUCCAUCGCCUCCAGCCCACACCACAAAGAGCUCUCCCACCACCACCACCACCACAACAACCACCACCACCUGCAGCAGUACCCCCAGCGCCCCCCCUCAGACACUGCCUCCAUCAUCACUGCCACGGGCAGCACCGCCGGCUAUCGGCCAUCCCGCCACCAUGGUGCCUCCACCCCCACCCACUACAGCUACAACAACAACACCACCCUGCCGCGUGGACAGCCCAUCUCCUCAGAGGCCAGCACCAACGGGAGCUCCCUACCCAGACCGGAGCGCUACACCCAGCUGCCCCAGGCUCAGGCGCUGCCGCAGACCUACGGCCAGCCUCAGCUGCAGCUCCAGGCCACUCCCUCCCCGCCACCGCUGCCCACCUCCACAGUCACGGCUUCCAACAUCACCCGCAUGGGAGGGGUGCCCAUCAUGGUGCCUGCACAGAACCAGGCCGGAUCUCUGGUCUAACAGCUGACAGCGCUGGCAAAACAGUGGAGUUACUGCCCCUUCACACUCUCAAAAAGGGUCAGCUGAUGAUUUGUUUUUUAAAGGGAACGCUUUAAUUACUAUUUAGCAAAGAAUUCCAGUAGAUCAAAAGGUCAAAUUCACGUAUUGACGCUUGCUUUCGCGCCAAGAAGCUUUCAUGGCAAGACUUUCAGACAUAGACUGUUUACUUGCUCUAAGUAUACUUAUGUCUUUUAUAUUCUGUAUGCACUGUAUACAUUCUAUGUAUAGAUACGAUUUUCAUACAUUUGUUCAGUAUCCUCUUUUCUAUUUAUCUAUAUUUUUUUUUUUUUAAAUUUAGCUUUUAAAUGGUGUAUUAUAUAUAUUUUUCCUCCUGCCAUACUAAUUCCACAAAGUAAACAGUGUCCCACAGAUGAAUACACAGAUUAACUAAGUGGAAGGUUGUGCAGGUCUGCGGUAUUUCCAUCACCUUUACUUAAAAACUACCUAAGGGAGGAAUUAUCAAGACCAAAAUAGGUUUAAGCACAUUAUAUCAGCACUGUUCGGAGGAGAGAAUGUUGCUCAAAGGGAUGUGACGUUGUAUUAAUGAGUAUAUUGCUGCAGCAGACUUAUGGAAAGAAAGAUAAGACAACAUUAUACGUAUGAUAAAGUAUUCUAAUCCUUGUUUUGGCUUUACUUCUGUCUGUGGUUCAGCUUAUAAAAUGCUCUUAGACUCAAUUCUUUAAACACAGAUUUGCAAAAGCUUCUUAUAAUACUGAGCACUGUUCAGAACUGCAGUAUGGCGACUGUGCUAAUACAUCCACACUUGAGUUGUAAUAAUUUAAAGUUGCCUGCAGCGUUGAAAUUGUAAAUAUGGUAUUUAUUUUCUGUUAAAUGUGUGACGUAGCAUAUUGUUGGCCACAGCCUGUAUGGAACAUGCUGUAUGAUACAGGUCUGCCUGCAAUACUGGAUACGGAACCAAAGAUAUACAGUAUGUAACACUUCAUUACUUCUACAUGCUCUCUUUAUAUGCUGUGGUUUGUUUUCUAGUGUAGGUCAGCAGGGGUUUAAAUGGACAUGGAAGCAUUCUGGUUCACUGCCAAAAGAGAAAGGCUUUAGGGUUUUUUUUAGAGCUUAAACAUUCUUUCACAUUUGAUUGACACUGCCAGGAAGUGGUAAUGGGAACAGGUAUAGAUUUUCUCUAAAUCAGGGGUCUCCAACCUGGUAGCCUGUGAGUAGCAUAUGAGGUGCCCACAGAGCAUGUUCUGUAAUCUAAAUCUCAAUCAUAGCACUGCAGGUGCAGUGAUCAGAAACUAACGCAUGUACUGAGUUACUGAAGGAGGAUAAUGCUAUAAAGGUGUGCAGUUUUAGCAACCUUUGCAACUGGUUCCAGUCACUGGGAAUGUAUAAGUGGGUUCUAUUGUGUCAAAACAUUUAAAUAUAUUACUGAUGUUUUUAUGAAUUCAUGAAGUCUAUUGAGACUAGCCUUUAUUAGGUGCUCUUUCUCUGAGUUGGGCUUUUACAUUUUCAUGAUCUAUCAAUUCAUUUUACUCUUAGUUCAUAUUAAUCGAUCUCUCGUAAGUUCCUUCAUACCAUACCUUCCCCACGAUUCCAAAUGGAAUUGUUCAACCCUGUAUAUGGGAAUGACUACACUGCUGUGUUAUUCUAUCGAAAGCAUCAAUUUAACGACCAUUCUUAGGGAGCCCUCACUCUCACAAAGUUGGAGACCCCUGCUCUAAAUCAAUGUGAAGACUCUUAGGUGCCUAGUUAGUGAUCUUCUACCAUCUGCUUGUAUGAAAUUUAAAGUUGGGGGAGUACAUUUGUAAAUUCAAAACAACCUACAGAGUAUUGUAUUAAAUAUAACUACUGAACCAAAUAAGGACUGGACUUUGACUCACAGCUACUUUCCAUUUAAAAUCUAAAUAUUUGGGCAUAUUUAGAAUUUCAAAACAGGAUUCAUGUAUUUCAGUGCUGUGGUCUUUGUUCAGUUAGUAUUUAGGAAUGAGAACAACUGCUGGCUGAUGAUACAUGACACAGAGGCCCUCCUCUCUGAGAGACUGCUCCACUCAGUCACUGGGAUUCUGACCUUGCUUACAAUGUAAGCUUAGUUUGUACACUCAAAACAUCUUUAUCGCAGAAAACAAAUCACAAUUAACCACCACACACAGUGACGUCAUUCUAGUGUGUUGUGGUUAAUUGUGAGGUUUUACUACAUGGUCCUGCAACCUACCAGCAUCUGACUGUUGUUGGCAGUGCAUGGGGUUUACGAUCUUGUUUCAGAGUCAGAAUGUACCCAAAUGAAUACACUAAAUGGUUCAAAGUGAUCUGUAUCAAAUAAGUUUUUCUAUAAAAAGUCCAUCCAGGAAGUUGCAAAAGCUACAAUUAACACAAUUCUGCGUGACCCCACAAUAUUGUCCAAUCCAACUUUUGGACAGAUUUGACCAAUCAGUGUAGUUUCCUGCAGGUUUGAGACAUAAAAUGGAAAUUAAAUUCCACUGCAACAAGUUGCUUUGAAUUUUUAAUUGAAUUAAUGAGAAAAACUGCCUAAAAACAUCACGAGAUGCAUUGCAGUUUUUUAGAAAAGCUGUCGUGAAAUCAGAAAUUUUAGGCCGCAGCAAUCCCAAAGAAGCCUGCGAAACCCUGGACAGACUGACAAAGGCCUUUUUGAAUAUCUUUUGGAUUUGGAAAAGAAAAGAAAAAAUAUAUACUGUAUGUAUAAUGAUAGUGAUAAUACUAUCUUUUCUGCUGUAUUGUCAGUACACUGGAGCACAUGUUUGUUGUUUUGCAUCCUUUACAAUCUCAUUGUCAUCUGUCUGACUCAAGCUGAAAGGACAGUGGCAGCAAAACAAAAGUUAGCUGUACGGUAUGUGGAAGCUUUGUUGAGAUUUGUAUUGUUUUUAAUACAUCGCAGCAAAAUGGAAAGAUUUCCUGUGGGAAGUUGAAAGUGAAUGGGUAGAACUUACUGCAGCGUCUUUACAGCUACGGAUGGGUCAUUUAAAAAGUGUACAUUAUGAACAUUAAAAUGUAUUCGACAAGCCUUUAUUUUUAUACAGUAAUGUAUAAGAGCAGAUGAGCAGACUUUAUAAAUAGUAAAUGUUUCCUGACUAAAGAAGUGCUCACUGUCAGUCAGUUAUGAUGGAUUGUAGAACUACUGUGGACAAACUGGUGGCCAAACUUUCUGUAUACAUUAGGCCUAAACUGUGGACAUUAAUGUGCAUAUUCAUAUUUAUGUUCAUGGAAAAUACUUUGUAUAAUAUUUUCAAUUAAAAGAGAGAUGGUGAAA